GUUGUUUUUUACCCGAAAAAACGUCAGUCUAGCAUAUGUUUACGUAGAAAAACAAUGAAAAAUGAGCGCAGGCGGACACACAAAACGCGUUCGGUGUGAAGAGGCGUGGCGCGCUGAGAGAAUGAUUGACGCAAGUUUCUCGCAUUAAAAAGGGGCGGGGCGAGAGGUGAAGCGAAACAUGUUAUGUUGAUGUAUAUAAACGCGUUCUCAUCAAAUACGAAGUCGCUGCUACAGGUGAACGCAAGCAAGGUUGUGCAUGCUCAUACGUGUGUGAGGUGUGCUGGCGUGAGGAUGGAUGUGGAGGAGACUGGAGCAGGUCACAUGGAGGCAGCGGCUGUAGCAGAAAAGGCACCGGAUCCCAAACGCAGCAGAGGCAGACCUCGCAAACUACCACAGGAGUCUGUUGAACCCCCCGCUCCCAGGAGGCCGAGAGGAAGACCAAGAGGCAGUAAAAAUAAAGGCCAGAAGGUCACAUCCAAAGUAGAGGCACCUAAAGAAAGGAGACCGCGAGGUAGACCAAGAAAAUGGCCACAGCCUCAGACAACAGUUCAUCAGGAAGAACAGCAGCCCUCUCAUCCUGAGGUGGAGGGGGCGGACUCAACAGAAGACCUGCCCGCUCAGACUCCGCCUUCUGAAUUGGAACCACAGGAGAGUGUGUAAAACUACCUCACUGGAGGCACUGCUCCAACUCAGCUGCAACUGAAUAGUUAAAUAGUUUAAUAGUUAUUAGUUGUUUACAUUAUUUUAAUGUUCAAACUUCAGACUAAAAGGAUUUUUAAAGGAGAACUGCCACUGCUUGCAUCGUUUAGUCAAAGAUUAGCCUUAAAUUGUGUCCAGGAACCACGUAGGACCACAAAACAAUCCCAUUAGGGAAGAUGCAGUUUAUUUAGCAUUGUACAUCUCAGGAUUCUGAAGAUAUAGGUUACCAAACUUGAAACAUUGUGCAUUUUUUGAUUAUUUUGACGUGUAUAAUAUCUUGUAUUGUUUUAUAUGUUUACAGUGGAGUGAAUGGAUUGAAAAAAAAUGCAAUUGUGUUGUUAUAAAAAUACUGAUAAUAACUAGUAAUGAGCAGGGAUGCAAACUACUCCCCUUUCAGCUAAAGUCACAUUAUCUGUAGCUAAUUUGCCCAAAGUGUUUAGUAAAAGUUUCUACAUUUUCCUUAUUGAAAUGACUUGAAAGUGUUACUUUAAGGCUAAACACUUAAAAAAAAAUUAUAGCACUUUUAACAACACAAGCUUUACAGAAAAUGAAGCUUUUUAAUUUUCUGCAAUGUCAGAGUCAUCAUUGUGCAGUUUGAUAAAAAUGUGAUUAUAAAUGGUUACUUAGAAAGAAAAAAAAGUGACUGUGGCAAGGAACACAAAACUCAUAAGAUGCCAUUAUAUAUGUUGGUUAAUUGAGAAACUUUACCUUUACAUUUACAAUUGCAUUUAGUCAUUUAGCAGACGCUUUUAUCCAUUGUGACUUACAAAUGAGACACAUAGCAAGCAAUGUGUCAUACAAAGUUCAACAACAUCUGCAGUAUAAGACUGACAGGUUCCCACAGUGGCUGGAGUAGUAAAGAUGCUUCUUUAAAUACAACAAACGAAUCAGCUGAAUAUAUGACGUUCUCACCUUUGUCACCUCUCAUGAGUUUGCAUCCCUGAAUGAGACAUGACAUCAACAAUGCCGUAACUGUUCAACAAAUAAUUUAAAUUCAAAACAUGAAGUUGAAAUUGAGUACCUCUGCACGAGAUACCUCGGUUAUAUUGUUUUCCUAUUCCAGAUAGGAUGUAAUUUGUUUUCUUUUUUCUAAAAUAUUUUUUUUUUAAUGGCCAUUCUCUGGAGUGUAACAGGAUUAUUUUUGGCACUAUAUUAUCUUUUUUAGAAUCUAUAUUUUUAUAUGUCAUUUUUACUCCAAAUUCUGAUAUUGCGCUGACAUGGAGGUGAUAUUUACAACAUUACUGAUGUUUAUAGCAUCUUUCAUUGAUCAUUUUUAGGACAUUGAAAUGGCAAGACAGUUAUGUAGUUUUAUAUCAUUACAGUUUCUGGUUUCUCUAAAGCAAAGUACAGGGUUUUUGUUUGUUUUUUUUUAAGAAGAAGAGAAUAAAAUGUUAUUUGUGGAACUUUAAAUGUUUCUCAGAUUACAUCAGGUUGUGUGAAUCUGUUUUUGUUUCUAACUGGAAUUGUUAUUUUUAAGAAUGAUACCAAACAUUGUUUUAAAGUACAUCAUGGUAGAGCCAGUUUAGCCAUUAGAAAGCCUGGAAAUAUCAGGGAAUUUUUCAAAUGUGUUUUCCAGGCCUGGAAAAUUCAUGGAAAUUUCUAAAGUGAAUAUAAACAGAAUUGUUCUAGUUUUUCUCUGCUGAAAUAUGUUUUGAUUGAAUGCUCGCAAGCCAUAGUGAUGUUUGAUUUAUCAGUGAUUUAUUCUUUUCAGUCUCUUCUUUCACACAUUGAAACAUGUAUCUAAAUAAUUCAUUAGCAAAUCGGUCUGAAUAAAACAUUUCUUUUUAAACAUCUGUAUCCAGUAAUCACAAAUGCUUGAAAGGGUCAUGGAAAAGAGCGGAAGCAUUACGUGCAACACCUUAAGUCAUAAGUGCAAAGUCAAUGUUCAUGGCCAUAAAUUUUUGCGCUUAGUCUAGGCACAAGUGGGUUUGGCGAAAUCAUGUGCUCACGCAGGAAAACUGCGUAGGAAACGCUGGACCAAGUGAAAUUUAAUUCUGUGGUUCUUCUCCGGUUAUUCCAGCUUCUGCAUCUUAUUAUAUAGUCCAUUCCCUUUCAAGCACUUACAAAUUAAACAGAGACAGUUGGAGGUCUAAAUGGACUGUAUGCAAUGAAUUCGAAGAAUGGAAAUGUGGACUUGCGUUCUUUUGUGCAUUAACUGUAUCCUUGAUGAAUGCUAGGCAUAUUUCUAUGACAGUGACGCGCUACUUUUACUUUUUUAUGGAAAAUGCUAUUCUCGUCAAAAUGUAUUUUAUAUUAAAUUAAAAUAUAAUCAAAAUAAUGAAGUGGUCCAAACAAAUCAUACCAAAUCCAAACAUUCUACUCUGUCCAACUUCUUCCACCUGCCCCUUUUGCGGUGACUUAAAAUCGGUAAAAAAAAAUAAAAAAUACAAGAACUGAAUUUGGACUUUGCGCUGAGUAAUGACGUGGUAUUGAUAUGUCUUAGCGCAAUGUCAAAUUCUCAGAAAAAUAGCAAAUGCUCUUUGCGGCAAUUCACUUACAUACAAUACACCCAGUGUUUGCAUGCCUACACUCCCACCAACGCCCACUUGCGCUUUGCGCUGGCACGAAAAUUGCACUUGAAUUAGCACUCUCACGAAAUUUGGAGAAGACACUGCACACGGUGGUUGCGCUCACUCACGAAAAUAGAGCUUAUGUUCAAAAUUGGUCAAUGAAUUGGUCAAAAAGGGUAGGAACCUUGCUUUUAAUGAAUAUGAAUUCAUUACUUUCAUUGGUGUAUGAGUGUGUGUGAAUGGGACACAGUGUAAAAUGCUUUGGAAACCUCUAAGGUUAAAAAAAGCGCUAUAGAAGUGCAGACCAUUUACCAUUUUAGACUGUGGUAAAGGCCUCUCAAAAGUGUUAUUAUAUUCUUCAAAGGUCAGUAAUGCAUUUUCAAACAUGUUUGCAUACUCCAUUUAUUUGCCUUUAUUGACUAUAGUCUGUUUUUAUUGUAUUAACCAAUAAAAUAUAUUAUUUUGGUUGUAUGCUUAACAAUUUUUCCAUAGAAACAGAGAUGCACAUGUAAUAGUCUAAAUGUCUGUUUUUAUUAUGUCCUUAAUUAUUUAAAAUUUCUUUUAAAUUAUUUGUUUCUGGUUUGAGGAGUAGUUAAAGAACAUUGUUA